AUGAAGACUCAGCCCACCCGCAAGCCUGCCAAGGGACAGCAACCUUACGACGACCCCAAAGGCAAUCGCACAAAUAAACCCCGCAACAAGGUUCCGUUACCAUGUCCGCCGUCCAUUUCGUCGAGUUCUUCCAAGCCCUGCCUCGGUACCGGCUCUGUGUUGUUUCGCAACCUCUGCGUCGAGAAGGUCCGCAAAGACUACCCCGGAAUCGAGCCUCGCAGCGAUUAUGAGCUCGCCAGAUUGUCCGAGAUAUGCUUCAAAGGUUCACCGACUGAAAUUUACGCACAAUUGGACAAGGAUUUCGCGAUGAGUGUCUCAGCAUGCAGUUACGAGUCCAUCAUGGAGGCUGCCACGGCGCUCUUGGACAGUCAUGUCGAGCCAAGUGGGCUCAAACCUGGAUACUCCGCUCACGUCGAUGACGACGAGAAGUUCAUAUUCGUCCACCCAAUUCCCGACACCAAGUACUCCGUCCGACUGUUCCCCGGGUCGAUCACCGCCGCCGAAUACUGCCUGGACUUCGUCGACUCCGAAACCGGGCAGCCGGUGAACUCUUCCUUCAAGUUCGAGCUCUGGGGUAUACCAAAUACAGAUACGCCGUGGCUCAGCUUUCCGAUAUGCGGACAGCUGCGGUCGAUCGAGCGUGCACACGGUAUCAAACAGAAGGACAUUCAGCCAGGCGCGGAGAAGUUCAUUCUACGAGACGGACAGACGUGUGUGCUGGCGCGUCCGGGGAAACGGUCUCUCCGCUUCACGGUGCCCGUGCGAAAGACGGAGAUUCCGGACGUGGUCGAUGAUCAGGAUGUAUGGGACCUACCUCAGUUUAUAGGCCCAUGA